CAUCGCUACCAUCCUUCUACUCGUCAGGACACCGCCUCAUCCACCUCACCAGUCGCUCUCCUCGUCUAUUUUCCCCCUUUCCUUUUCGCUCCCAAAUCUCCCUCGUUUGCGUAUUCACCUACUUGUCCCCACCACCUACUGGAGCUGAUCACUUGCCACACAUUCAUCGGCGCGCACUUCUUAGCUGCUGAGCAUCGCAAAGCGAGGCAGGGGAAGGCAGCGCUGCCUUUUUUUUUUCUCCGAUUCCCUGGCGGUAUAUCUGGGUCCUCGCAGAGACAAAGCAAAGGCCCAGGUCGCGGAGAUUGUCAUGUCGAUCAGCGAAAUCUACGCCCUCAGCCUCUACGCCCAGGGCGAGGGUCUGCCCCUGUGGAACCCCACCCCGUGUCGGCUGGCCGACGUGGGCUACAUGCGCGAUGGCACUUUUCACUGCCUCUUCAAUGCCCAUGACGGGCCCCAGUCAUCGACUUCACGCUCCGAUGCGGCCAACAUUGGCCUGGCGCGCAGGACCGAGGCUAACCACGACUCGCGCCCAACGUCGCCGGCGCGAUCUGGCCUUUUGCUGCCCUCGGGCCUUCCGUCGAGCAGCCAAAGUCCGAGCUCCGAUGCCGGUGUUGGCCCCGACGACCACGAGAUGGCUGAUGCCGGCCGCAACGGAGACCAUCUUGAAGGCGCCAGUCCUUCCCCUCCCUCGUCCUUUCAGCCCCAAGUCCGCCGAUCUUCGAGAACGAGGAACCUUUUCUCGCCCUCCGCAACCAGCUCGUCACAUGGCACAGACAACCAGCUUCGUCCACCUUUGCCACUGGCCGUCGAGGAGGCGGCCGAAAAAGUCUUUGACAUGGGCCCGCGAAUGAGCGCCAACAUGAAGACGCUCGGCACCACAAUUGGCGCAGACGCCAGCCUCGCUGCAGCGCCCGUCGGUGCGGUCCUCUCCUUUGAAACGAGUGGUGGCGAUGGAGCGCUCCUCAUUCCCCGCGACCCGACACACCGCCAGCUGCUGCUCCACGUCGGCGUCCUCAAGGACUACCUCAAAACCCACCGCCGGUACAUUCACAACACCUUUGGACAGCCCGAGGAUCUCGACGCAGACGACAUCGUGCUCAUCUAUGGCCAGGAUCUGACCUCGGACUGGGCGUGUGCCGUGAAUCUCGAGGCAGGCCGAGGUGCUCGCGUCGAGUUUGAGGUCUUCUCCGUCGCAAAGCUCGGUGUUUGGGGCAAUUGGAAGACGAGCUGUUCAGCGAGCCAGCGCGGCCCGCAUCGAGACGCAUCCCAGUACAUCGAGAACGCCCCAUCUCCCGCCAGCACAGCGAUGGGCAGCGACGCAGGCGGGUCACGACGAGGCUCGGCCGCGAACAUAUCCUGGCAGGCCCAUGGCCAACUGGACGCCGGCCCCGCCUCGGUGGGGCUCACUGUCGGCAAUGAAGGCGCUGCAACACCACCGCCAUCGGCACCUCCCUUUUUGCCAUCACCAUCAUCAGCUGCUGCUGCUGCUGCUGCUGCUGCUCCCUCAGCGGACGCAGCCAUGCCCGAAAGGCCCGAAUGGACAUGGGCAAAGCACAACCCCUUUCCCGCUGAUCAGAGCGUAAUCCUGCGGCGAAUCACUAUCAAGAGCCGCAUGAUCUUCACACCGACGAUACGGGCUGCUGCUGGCCCUCGCACGGACUGCGAUGGCAAAGACGACGACAAGACAGAUGGUGGGUCGGGCGCCAGAGCCGCCUCUGCUUCCCCGUUGAUGCCGCUCGAUCCCCUCGACCUUGUGCACGAAUAUAUCUGGGCGAGAGGCACCAACGUUGCGCUGUCCAUUGCUGCUGAGGAGGAAGCCGUGAGGCUCAUCGCAAAGGUACUCGCGAGCUCGACGUGGGACGCAUCUCUGGGACACAAGCAGUCAAUCGACGAGUGGAUCCGGGAAAGAAUAUUUGAAGCAGCCGACCAGAUGUCGACGAUUCACGUCGACAAGGACGGCGUGGCUGCCCUCGCUUUUGAUGUACCACCGAGCGAAAACCACUCGCCAGAUGUCAGACGAGAUGCCGCCAUUUUCUCUCGAUUCGUCCAGGCGCCACCAACCUGGUUCUCUCAUCUGUCUCGCCCCACAACGACGACAUUCUUCAAAAAGCAAUAUUGGCACGACUUUGCCCCAUCUUUCAUCCUCAACCAAGCCGCAAGCAAUCCAUAGACAGUCGACAAGCGCUUCUUUCAGCAUCACUACACGGGUCAAUCAACAUAUCAGCGCAGCGUCGAGCAGCAUCGAACAAUGCCAUGUCCCUAUCAGAAAGUAAUCAUCCCCGGUCUAUUGGCAAAUUUGAAAUAAGUAUAACACAAUCUUGAUCUAGAACAUGUCUUUGCAG